UUCCGGUUUCUCUGACACGACAACAUUUUUGUUUACUUCGAUUUUUUGUUUACUAAUAAUGCUGAAAGCAAUCAUCUUGAUCGGUGGUCCUAUCAAAGGUACCAGAUUCAGACCUUUAUCACUGGAGUUGGCCAAGCCCUUGUUUCCUGUAGCGGGCUUUCCUGUUAUUUAUCAUCACAUAGAAGCCUGUAGUAAGGUACCAGACAUAAAGGAGGUUAUAUUAAUUGGAUUUUUCCAGCCUAACGAUGCCCUUACAAGAUUUAUUAAUUCAGCACAGAUGGAAUUUAAAAUUCAAAUCAGAUAUUUACAGGAGUACACAGCCCUUGGUACAGCAGGAGGUCUUUAUCACUUUCGGGACCAGAUUUUGGCAGGACAACCAGAUUAUUUCUUUGUCAUGAAUUCAGAUGUCUGCGGAGAUUUCCCUUUGAAGGAAAUGUUACAGGCACAUAGAAAAAGAGGGAAAGGAGUAUACUGUACCAUCUUAGGCAUAGAGGCAACAAGACAACAGUCCCUGAAUUAUGGUUGUAUUGUAGAAAACAAAGACACACAUGAGGUAUUGCAUUAUGUAGAGAAACCAGAAACAUACAUUAGUACAACAAUUAAUGGUGGAGUGUACCUGUUCUCACCUGAGAUUUUCCAACCGUUAGAACGUAUUUUCAAGCAGAAUUUGGAUAGUAAAUACAGUUUUGAUCCAAAUAUUUCCACCAGUGAAGUAAUAAGAUUAGAACAGGAUAUUUUUGUACCUUUAGCCAGCUCAGGAAAACUUUUUGUAUAUGAUACGAAACGUUUCUGGAGUCAAAUUAAAUCUACAGGGGCAGCAAUUUAUGCAAACAGACAUUAUUUAGCCAUUUACCAAACAACUCAUAAAGACAGAUUAGCAACUAAUGGUGAAGGGAAGCCAAAGGUUAUAGGAGAUGUAACAAUACAUCCUACUGCCCAGAUUCACCCUACAGCUGUGCUUGGACCAAAUGUAUCCAUUGGAAAGUAUGCCAACCUUGGUGAAGGUGUAAGAGUAAGAGAAUCAAUUGUGUUAGAGGGAGCCACUUUACAGGUAGGUGAAGGUGUAAGAGUGAGAGAAUCAAUUGUGUUAGAGGGAGCCACUUUACAGGUAGGUGAAGGUGUAAGAGUAAGAGAAUCAAUUGUGUUAGAGGGAGCCACUUUACAGGUAGGUGAAGGUGUAAGAGUGAGAGAAUCAAUUGUGUUAGAGGGAGCCACUUUACAGGUAGGUGAAGGUGUAAGAGUAAGGGAAUCAAUUGUGUUAGAGGGAGCCACUUUACAGGAUCAUUCUUGUGUAUUAUACAGUAUCAUUGGUUGGAAUGCAGUAGUUGGUAGUUGGACACGAGUAGAAGGUACACCUAAUGACCCAAAUCCAAACAAACCAUUUGCCAAAAUAGAAGUGACAUCUAUAUUUACAAAUGAUGGAAAACUAAAUCCUUCAAUUACAGUAAUAGGUUCCAAUGUGCAAAUCCCCUCAGAAGUAGUAAUCUUAAACUCCAUUGUUUUACCAGACAAAUCUUUAAGUGGGAGUUACAAAAACCAAAUCAUCUUAUAAUAGUGAUAUAAUUUGUGAUUUUACAGUAGAAGGGAGAUAACUCAAAUUUGACUGAACGUUGUAUGACACCAUAUCAUUGUGGAAAAGUGCAAUGCAUGAACAUACUGGAACGUUGUGACUAUUUUUUGAUAUAAGUGAUGGAAAUGCAUUCCUUAAAUUUGGUUUUCACAAUUUGACCAAACAGAUAUCUUUGAUAGACACCUUAUCAAGACACUAAAUUUCACAACGGUUUUGAAUCAUAACUACGGGAUGUUAUUUAAUAACUCAAAUAUUGACAAUUUGAUGAUAAUGACUUGAGUUCAUAUUCAAAAGUGUCAGUCUCCUUAGGAUUCAGGAUAUGGUUAAAAUGUUUUGAGAAACAACUUAAAGUUGUUCUUAAAAUGUUAAUGCAUUUUAAGUUUCCAGACUGGAAGAUUUCCGAAAUUAUUCAUUAUUUAUUUAGCCAUAAUUUCAUAUACUUGUAUUUCUAAUAUUUACAUACUUUGUUGUAUAUUAUUUAUGAGGGAUUUUAUAAAUGUUUUUGGUUAUUUUA